UCCUUCUUUGGUUUUCGCAAACGGCUCCUCUGCUACCUCACCUUAUCUUCCUCCUUGCAAUGCCAUGCUUUGCUUUCAUCUGAGAUUGUCGUUUUUGCAUUUGCCUUCUGAUCGUGGUCAAGAAAAUCUCUUUCGGCUGCACUUUGGAUAUGUGGUGGAGUACAGACACUUUCCACCUAUCAGAGUGCGGCAACAUCAUGAUAUCUCUGUGCCGAGGAACUGGUCUUCUCCUAUGUCCCUUGUUAGUUCCUUCCCUAGACUUAACUCUGUAGGAUCGCUGCAGAGCUGUGUUGAUGUUGAUGAGAAAUCUGGAACAGACAAGUCCUGCCAACCAAUAAUCAACAUAGAUUCAUGCACGAGGCAACUUUUGGUUGAGGACGUUCUAGCAGUUAAUAGGAGUGACUCUCUCGAAGCUCGUUUGGAUAAAGAUCUUAAAGAAAAGCAAAGACGAGAAAAGAUAGGACUUGCAAACAAAGGGAGAGUGCCAUGGAACAAAGGCAAGAAGCACAGUGCAGAGACCCGUGAGCGAAUCAGGCAAAGAACACUAGAGGCCUUAAAUAAUCCCAAGGUCAGACAGAAGAUGGCUGAAUGUCCCCGUUCUCAUAGUGAUGUGGUCAAGCAAAAAAUAGGUUCCGCACUUAGACGUCUUUGGGCGAAGCGUUUGAAGUUGAAACGGUCGAGGGAGACAUUUUUCCAGUCAUGGGCAGAAAGUAUAGCAGUGGCAGCUAAAACAGGAGGACCUGAACAAGAAGUGCUAGAUUGGGAUAGCUAUGAUAAAAUCAAACAGGAGUUGGUUCGGCAGUGGCUUCACUUCACUGCAGAAAAGACAAAGGCAAAGGAGUUGGCAAGGAUAAUGAGAGAGGAGAAAGCACAGAUGAGGAGAGAGGAGAAAGCAGCAAAUGCAAUAGCAGAAAAGAUGGAGAUGCUUGUACGCAAGAGAAGAUUGCGCGAGGAGAAGUUAAAAGAGAAGGAAGAGAAGGCAAAAUCCAAAAGAAAACUAUAUCAAGACAAAAAGGAUUCAACUAGAAGGUUGAAACUUAAACAGAGGUUAAGCCAGAUUCGCCAGAAGAUUUCAAUUGAUGGUCAAGUCUCUAGGCAAAAGGGCACAGUUAACUCUCACAUUCCAGCCUUGGAAAAAUUGGAUCUAGAGCUUAUUAAGAGAGAGAGUUUGCAAAGAGAAAUUUCUUUUGCAGAUCAGAUAAGAGCUGCCAAGAACAAAAAAGCAGAAUUUGCCCCUACAAAAGCCCUGGCAGCCCCAUCUUGUGUUCAUCACUCUUUUAGUGGAAAACCAUGAUUUUGAAAGCUCAACCUUCCACAUUCUUCAUCAAAAACAGGCCUUACAUGCGCCAGCAGGUGGAGUGGCUGCUCUUGACUUUCGAUGAUUGGCGUGUUUCUUUAUUUCCCUUUUCAUUUCCCGUGGUUUCUCUAGAGGAAUUAGUAAUUGCACUCUUAUAACAUACUUGAACCAGUCUUCUCAUGUGUUUUUGUAGCUUUAUCUCAAUCAUGAGAGAUGGCACUUGAUUCGAUUGAGCUGUACAAGGCGUCGUAAUGUCGGGUUCAGUCAGAUAAACUUUAGUCCCUGUGGUGAAAGGAAAUUUUGUCAUGAGCUAUCUCGUCUGAGUUGGGAUUGGGAAGCUCCUUGCUUGCUUAAACCAAGUUCUUUCUCAAUUUUUGUUGACCCCGAUCACUGCAUGUAAUGAGUUUAAGGAGUUGUACAAUAA